AUGAAGAACAACGAAUCUCCUUGUUCCAAGUCACAGUCUCCACCAAAAUCUGAUCCAUUGUGUGAUUCUUCAAAUCCAUCUCACAAGAGGAAAGCAGGUAGAAAGAAGUUUAGGGAGACACGGCACCCUGUGUAUAGGGGUGUACGCCAAAGAAACGGAAACAGAUGGGUGUGUGAAAUUAGGGAACCAGUGAAAAAGUCAAGGAUCUGGGUAGGCACAUACCCUUCUCCUGAAAUGGCUGCUAGGGCACACGACGUGGCUGUUUUAGCCCUUAAUGGCAUCUCUGCUAAGUUCAAUUUCCCCGAUUCAGUUUCCCUUCUUCCUCUUGCAAAGUCUUCUUCUGCUGCAGAUAUAAGGGAAGCAGCAAAAACUGCUACUGUUGAUGAUACUUUCACGCCAAACACAUCUUUUUCUUGUUCCUCUCAUGGAAAUUCUAGUUUUGAAGAAAAUGGGAAUGCAGAAGAGAGUUUUUUGAACACGAGCAUCCACAAUGAUGAGUCUGAAACAGUGUUCUUUGAUGAGGAGGCACUGUAUAAUAUGCCAGGUUUGUUGGAUAGUAUGGCCGAGGGAUUGCUAAUUACUCCACCCUCUAGAGCACUGGACUGGGACCAUUCUGAUUCUGAAAUAGACCUUACUCUGUGGAAUAACUGA